AUGGCAGGCUCGGAUCCCUCGAAACCGGGCACAACGCCCUUUAUCCGCCACUCCAUUGCCCUCCCACGGUCUGCCUACGAGGGAAAUGAGUACUUUUGUCGGUUUGAACCGCGCAUCCAUCGCGACGCCCAUCUAGCUGAUGCGGGCUCAUGGCAAUGCCAGGUGGACUUCCUCGGUUCCAGCGCAGCUGCACGUGCUGAUUCAGCGCGCAACAAGAACCACACGAGUUACGCCGUGGGCUGCAUCAACCCAGUCGUUGGUAACUUCACCGCCUUGUGUGCUUGUGAGGCCAUACCCAGUCGCCUUGCGCUCACAACGUACAUGGUUGAGUAUGCUUACAUUCACGACGAUGUCAUCGAGUACGCUGAGAACAAGAAGGAAUCUCAGCUCGUGGAAGCGAACAAGGAGCUCAUCGAAGGUCUUAGCUUGGGCGAAGAAGCUGGCGCUGGCACCAAGGACCACGUGAGAAGACGACAGUUGCAGGCUAAGAUGGCUGUGGAACUUAUGGACGUGGACAAGAACCAAGCGAAAGAAUGUCUUCGUUUGUGGAAGGAAAUGUCGGAGAUCUUCGUCGAGAUUCGAGAUAUGAAAUUUACCAGGUUGGACGACUACCUGAGUUUCCGCGUGGUUGAUGCCGGAUGCCCAUGGACUAUGAGUCUUCUGUGUUUCUCCAUGGACUUCACCUUAAAUGAGGACGAAGUGGAGAAAACCUCGGCUAUCACUUCAUCAGCGUACGGUGCUUGGGUCCUGGUCAAUGACUACUUUUCGUGGGAGAAGGAAUGGCAAAACCAUCAAGCCAAUGGUGGUGUUGGCAUUAUAGCCAAUGCUAUCUUUCUGUUCAUGAGAUGGUACUCUGUCGACGCCACGGAAGGAAAAGGAUUGCUACGCAAGGAGAUUUUGGCUCGUGAGGAGAAGUAUUGCAAGGAGAAAGAAAAAUUCCUCGCCAGCGGUCAUGCCACAGACAAGACAAGCCAGUGGUUGAAACUGCUUGACCAUGUUACCGCAGGCAAUUUCGCCUGGAGUAUGACAACUGCCCGUUACAGACUUGGCGGUGAAGAUGCCUAUCCAGCUCUACGAGCCGCACAUGGGGAAAGUCCUGAAUCCGGGAUUGUAGACAGCCUCAGCCAACCAAUCUCGCUGAACGCGGCUAACAUGGCGAAGGAAAUGGACCUCGUCUUGAAAGAGCGCAAGUACAUGGAUAUGACUACAUCCGAAGACAACGCGGUGGACUCUCCCCCAAUAUUGGUCGACACUCAGUUGAUUCAAUCGAACACAGAAGCAGAGCUUAUAGUCCUACAACCCCAGCAUUAUCUAGAGUCCAUGCCAUCGAAAGGGGUGAGGAACUCUGUGAUAGAUGGUCUCGAGAUGUGGUACCAGGUUCCCGAGAGGUCACUCGCUAUCAUUCGCGAGAUUGUGAAUCUGCUUCACAGCUCCUCCCUGAUGUUGGACGAUAUCGAAGACAACUCGCCGUUAAGGAGAGGGCUCCCUGCGACGCACACUGUCUUUGGGAUCAAUCAGACCAUCAACUCGGCCAACCUGCUCGUGUUCAAAGCGCUAAGGGCUGCUGAGUCACUCUCUCCUACUGCGGUACACAUCUUCACAGAAAGGAUCAUCGAAGGUCAUAUUGGCCAAGGAAUGGAUCUAUACUGGACUUAUCACACGCAAAUACCCACCGAGGAAGAGUACUUUGUGAUGGUGGACGGAAAAACCGGGGCCCUUUUCAUGCUCUUGGCCGAGUUGAUGCGUUCAGAGGCUUCAAAGCAUAAAGACCUCGACACCAGCCUUCUCAUGAAGCUGUUCGGUCGUUUCUUUCAGGCCCGAGACGACUACCAGAAUCUCGAGUCAGCUCUGUACACCGAGAAGAAAGGGUUUGCUGAAGACAUCAGCGAGGGAAAGCUUUCCCUGCCCCUCAUCCACGCACUUCGUUCAAAGACACAGCACCGUGGCCGCUUGAUGAGCAUUCUUCAGCGGCGGAAAGCAGGCGUUGAACUUUCAGUUGAUAUACGUCAGCUCGCCUUGAACGAUAUCAGAGCCACCGGUGGACUGGAGUACGCCAAGAAUACGGCCAAGGAUUUGCAGGAAGCUGUUAGUGAGACGUUGUCCCAGUACGAAGACAGGGUAGGAGCGAAGAAUUGGAUCUUGAGGCUGGUACAGAAGAGGUUGGAGAUUGAGGCGUGA